AUGACUCCGGAAACCUCAACGCAACGCGCACACACAGAGGGCCGUUCCCCUGCGGAGGUCGUUAGUGGAGAUGACGGAAACGGAUGCCCAGGUAAUAAUAGUUCGGCGUCUGUGUUUGAGGAAGCUAUCCGUGUCGAGAAACCGCCUGCGCCUUUCGAAGCGCUCGAAACAGCAGCAGCCUCUCGCGGUUUAGGCGCGCUGACCACGGGGACCAGCACUGAGACUCCGUCAACGGCACCCGCGGGAGCUGGCCGUCCGGAAGAACACUCGGGCACCGCCUCUCGAGUAGGGGCGCUCGGGGAACGCCAGAGUUGGCCGGCUCGCGGUCCCGGGGUUCCCAACGCUCGUGGCGUCGUAGGCGCUGGCACGACCACGGCGGCACGAAUGCACACCCUGGGACGCGGCGGUCGUGUUGUUGUCCAGCAGCCAUCGUCAUCCGCUGAACAGAAUGCCAAACCCGAUGUUCGCUCGGAGAGCGCUGACACCCCCAAAGCGACCACGGCUGUAGCUGCAGCCGCUAUGCUCAAAGCAUCUCGGAAUGACACUGGUGACCGCACAGCGAUCCCUUCCACGGGGCCUGUUGUUCGCAGCGCUCAACAGGCCGCAUGGAGCAGACAACGCUCUGUCCCGGACCCGGCAAGAAAUGCUACCGGAAGGAUAUUCUCGAGAGCUACGCAAGGCGCGUCGGCGCGAUCUGCCACACCGACUAGUGAUUUCCCUGCGCUUGUGCGGGAGAACCCUACGCAAUCGAAGCCGUCUGCAAUGCAACAGCGGAAACCUGAUGAGAGUGCUGCGCAGCUGCGACCUGUCGCUGCUGCACAGGAUUCAGCACGGCGAGGGCAGCAUCCGCUGGGUACUGUGUCACGAAAUCACACCGAAUCGGGGCACGUUCCAAAGGCGAUUCCAUCGCCCCUACAGCUCACGGACUGGAGUGAGGAUCCAGAUGAGGAAAUGAACUUUAGUGUCCCAUUGGACCAACGUCUCGCUGUACCUGGAAUGAAACCGCUGACGCGUCCGGCACAGAAGGACUCUCUGAGAGAAGCGCAGUCCCCCACGACCGAUAGUGCAACCAUUUCAACACGUGCGAUCGGUGGAUUCGACUGGACUGAUUCGGACAAUGACGAAGGAAAGGCGGUGCCAUCGGACGACAAUGAGGCAUCGAAAAAUGACAUUGCAUCUGAGGUUGCGACGGGAACAGCAACAACAGCGAAUGUGGAGAACGCGGACGGACGUCAGGGUGCUGCGUUCGUUGAGUCGGACGAGUACCAACAGCAGCACCAGCAGCAGCAGUCGCAACCGAUCGCAGUGGGUACAAGGCGUCCAAAUAUUCAACCGAGUCUGUCCAAAGAAAAGAUGCAAGUCGAUUUGGAGGAAAUCUCGAGAGAAUUGCACCUCCUUGAAGAGCAGCGCGAGCUUGCGAAACAGAAAGCCGCCGAACGUGCUCGGCAACGUAGAGAAGAAGAAGAGCGUAUGGAGAGGGAACGCAAGGAAAGGGCAGCACUCAAACUUCGCCAGCUCGAGGAACGAAUUGCAGCGAAGAAGGCAGAAAAGGCGACUGUGAAGGAGCGGACCACUCCAGAGCAUCAAGCUGCUAGAACAGAUUCAGUCAAAGCCGCUGACCUUGGCAAAGAUCGAAAGCUGCCAGCCGCUCGAAUUGACCGAGCAAUCGCUUCCGCCCAGAGUGGAGGGCCUGCCUCCUCCGCAUCAGCGUCGGAGAAACCAUAUCCGCUCGAGCAGGUGCGACGAGAUGAUGCGUCUGCGGGUGAUACGCGAAUAACCCGAACGGAGCAUGCUACCGAAGCGGGAUCACGCUCGGCAGCGCGCAAUACACAGCAAAGAGUACGACGCGCGCCGCUCACGGAAACCUGGUCCCAAGAAGAGCAGCACACACGCGGACGUGCCACUGCCUCAGCAGGUGUGAGAGGCACCGCUUCUGCUGUCCCCGCAUGUGAUCGGUCCUCGCUGGAUCGUAGCAGAGCCACGGCAUCUGGCGCAUCCAGUACGAAUUUGGAUCAGAGCAGACGGCAACGCCGCCAGGGCGCACCUCGCGGGCAACUCAGCAAGAGUGAUGAACCAAGAGAACGCAGUGACUCAGCUUCUGCUUCAGGGUCGACGAGCCGAGACAAGACGGCGACUGAGCCAGAGGGUCCAAAGAUCGAAUCAUCGGUGCGCGGGAGCCGGUCUCGAACGAGCGCCCCAUGGGGGCGUGCAGGCCCUGCCUCGAAGCCUGGCAAGCGGAACGAUCGCGAAGGGGCUCCUUCAGAAGCAGCCCUGUCGGAGCACGUGCAGCCUCUAUCGCUGGAGGACGCUUCGCUGCCUUCGAGCCCGCCACCGACGUGGUUCACCAUGCCCGAUACCAUGGCGGACGAGGAAGAACCGACGGUGAGAUCGCCCUGGGCAGCGUCAAGUCCCGCUCUGACACCAGCGGCAAGUGCGACCGGUGUUGCACCAAAGUCCGCCGACGAACUGGACAAGUGGCAGCUGCCGAGCUACCCGAAACCGUCGUUCGAGGAUAUCUCGCGAGCAUUUGCUGCUGCAGGGCCGGUGGUUGCAAGCCCUGCUUCGACCGCAUACGGCUUGGCGGAGCUUUACGGAUCGAGCGUUUCAUCCCAGAGAGUCCCAGUGGAAUCGAAAGCGUCGCUGGUGUCAGCACGGCGCCCCGGCGCGCUCCAAGACGAGCGAGAAUUGGAGGCCCCCAAGCGGGAUACGAGCCGUUCAAGUCCGGGAACGCAACGCGGAACGCUGAGUGAGCGCACGUUAUCUGAACCGGACGCAACCGCGGCGGAUCCUGCGCAGCACCAUCUGAGAGUAUCAUCUGAUGUAGCUGUAGCAACCACUGCGGUUUCACAGCUAUCGCUCAGUGCCGAUGCCGACAAGACCCUAACGAAAGAGAUCCCCUUCCAUUCCGAUUUACGCACGGAUGCGCCCGAAUUCGUGCCGUUUAUAUCGUACGGUGGCUUUGGCACAUCUGCAUUCCCAGUACCACAGAUGAGCCCGACGUUCUUUUCAGCUCCGUACGGCGAGGCGACGCGGUCGGAUCUAUAUCCUUUACCAGCUUAUAUGCAGCCUGCUGACUGGGGCACAGCGUCUGCCGGCGAUACGAUCGACAUGCACCAUCUCAGUUCUGGUGGCGAGGCGGCUGUACCCACAAGGACAGUGAGGCAGCGUGCGCCCCCAGAGGACGACGAUGAGGAUCUCGCAGCGGCGGCGAUUUCGUCGGCGCUCGGCGAGCGGCGCCAGCAUCGUGGCGGCAAGGGCGUCACCGCAGGGCGACACGCUGGAACCAGCAGUGCGCCUGGACGAACGCGGCAGCGCCCGACGAUUGCGGCCAGCACGGAAGUAUUUCGGGCCAACAGGGGGCGUCACCGGACUGGGAUGGGUGUGGGCGCUUCUGGCACCGAUGGAACGCUUGCCAAGCCACAGCGCUUCGUGUCCGAGGAUCGCGAAGCGCCCUCGCACUCGGAAGCUUCAGCAGCAUCAGCAUCAGCAUCAGCAUCACGUCUGGAGCAGGAAGCAACGACUCCGAUGGCACGUUCUGGACAGCAACAGCGGACCGCAGAUUCAAACACGAGCGCCAGCACGGAGCUGCAAACGAGGCGGCGGUCUCCUGGGCUGCGAACGAGUAGCAACAGCAGCAAUGUGCGCUCUGUGCAGGAUGUGCGCUGCGAAUCCAGGCGUGGUACUGCUGCUCCUACUACUACUACUGCAACGCAAUCGUCGCCGGGGGAGAAUCUGAAAGCUGCGGACGAUGAGAGCGCGCAACGUUCGGAACCUGCGCCAGCUCUUUCAGAACAGCAGAGCGGGGCUGCUGCAUCCGAUGCAAGAGCCGGUGUGCAAACGCGAAAGGUAACCACAGGCGUGAAUAGACUCAAGGCUGUGAAGCCAUCUCGGCCCGCAACCGCGAACAAGUCGGCAGCAAACGCACUAGAACCAACAGCGGGUACCGGAACGGCCGAUCGGAACGGCGAAGACGCCCUGGCACCAGCGACGACGAAGCGCGGCAAGUAUUGCGACCGCAACGCUGGUGCCGAUGGGAAACGUCGCGAACGAUGGACAAGCCGACCGCGUCCACGAAGCAUGCGCGAAGGGCGUUCGCGGAGUACCGCUUCCGUUACGGGUGCUGCUUCUGCAGCGACAACGGAGCCGAAGACGGCUACAGCCUUGGACACCGCAGUCAAGAUGUUGCCGUUCGAGGUCAGUGGAACACGCACACCAUCGCCAGUGCAGCGGGAGCAGCAGAAGCAAGAAGCGGUGCCUGAAGCGCCAACUCGAACGUCUCCAGCGGCGGAGGGCGCUCCCAAGGCGCUUGUCACGCCAGCUGAUCCCGCUGAGGAUCCGAAAACGCCUGCCAAAGACCAGCGGACUCGUGAGGCAGGCUCAUCUGACGCGAGGGUAUCAACGACGACGCCACCAUUAUCAUCAUCAGCGUCAGCAUCAGCGUCGUUGUCGUCGAAAGAGCAAGGAGCCGCCAAUGCGAAAGCAACCGCCGCUACGGGCCAAGAAACGAAACACGAGCAUUCGGCUUCUCGUCGACACUCGCAACGAAAGCUGCACCCGCGACAACGUCAACAGAAGCAUCGCUUCCGGAACCGGACCAAUGCAGGCAGCGAACAAGUCGAAAGCUCAGCGCGCACCAUGCAACCCGAGCCUGCACCAACCGGAAACGAUCGUUCUUCCGCGAACGACGAGCAUCGUGCGAGCUUCAAAAACGUCGAUGUUGUCCCAGUUGCUGGCGCUUCCCUUGCACAACCAAAGUUCAAGCUGUCAACCGAGAGCGCAGUCGCUUAUCGCCGAGUCGAGGCGAACGCGUCUCCGAGGCGUGCUCUGCGACAAUUUCGCGAAAAGGUCAGCGAGGACGCCAAAGACGCAUGA